UUUUCUUUGGAAUCUAUUGCUUUUCUCUUGCUCUUGCAUGCAGUUAAUGAUGGCGGGAAAUCCCUAAAACCCCAGUUACCCAACUUCCAAUGCUAACCAUACCCACCUGCAACUCUAUCUUCACCCGCCUGAUUCCCUUCCUCCCCAAAAACCCUAAUUCCCCGAAACCCUCUCCUACACGUUUCGUCAAUUUCCACACCCCGAAACGUUUCGCUUGUGUCGGCCUCCACACACUACCAAUGUCGGCUUCUUCUUCGACCAAAUUAGCGGCGGAGUACGCGAAGUCGAAGAGGUCAUCGUGCAAAAAGUGCUCGGAACCGAUCGCCGCCCAGGCUCUGCGGCUGGGGUUGGUCAGCAGAGACCCUAAAGGUUUCGAUGUGACCAAAUGGCACCAUUUGGAUUGCUUCAAUUUUGGGUCCGACUUGGUUGCUUCGGUUGAGAAGAUUAAAGGGUUUCAGUCCUUGAAGAGCAGUGAUCAGGAGGCUUUGAAGAAGUUAGUGGGUGCGUCACAUGAAUCUCAAGAGGAGGUACAGGAUACCAAUGAAAGUAAAUAUGCGAUUGAAGGAAGGCAAAGCUCUCAAGGAAAAAGGGUUCGUGAAGUUGAUGAAAAUGAAAAUGAAAUAGAGGAAAGCAGUCCGAAGAAAGCAAAGUCCUCUAAAUUUGAUGGACAGGCUAAGCUGGAAAUAUCCUUUUCAGUUUCUGAAGUGAAAGACAAGUACAAGGAUGCAACUCUUUCACCUAAAUGGAAGGCAUUUCAAACAAUCAUAUUUCUUGAACGGGAUGAAGGUCUACAUGAUUCAAGUAAAAUUGCUGCUUUUGAUUUUGAUGGAUGUCUAGCCAACACUAAUGUAAAGAGAGUAGGUCCUGAUGCUUGGUCUCUUAUGUAUCCUUCAAUCCCUGAUAAGCUACAGAGCCUGUACAAAGAUGGCUACAAGCUGGUAAUCUUUACGAAUGAAUCCAACAUAGAGCGCUGGAAGAAUAAGAGACAAGUAGCUGUGGACUCAAAAAUUGGGCGCCUCAACAAUUUUAUUGAGCAAGUAAAGGUCCCAAUUCAGGUUUUCAUAGCUUGUGGCCUAGGCAAAGUCGGUAAAGCAGAUGACCCCUUUCGCAAGCCCAAACCGGGGAUGUGGCAUAUUUUGGAACAACACUUCAACUCUGGCAUUUCCAUCGACAUGGAUCAAUCCUUUUAUGUUGGUGAUGCAGCCGGGAGACAAAAAGAUCAUAGUGAUGCUGAUAUUAAAUUUGCGGAGGCCGUUGGUGUUAAGUUUUACGUCCCAGAGGAAUACUUUGGUGUUUGAGGAAUUUUUCGGUCACCAGCUCCAGCCCCCAACUGCAAAAUUCAGCGUUCACGUUGGCUGUCAAUGUUGUAGGGGAUGCUUAAAAUUAGAUUUUAUUUUUCCUUUUCUUGCUAUGCUCCUCUCUGUUGCAAUGAAUUAAGCACCGGAUGAAACCCUACUUGUAAAUUCUAGGAUUAGGAUAAGUUACUUUCCACUGUGUAGUGUCGCAAAUAUUCUGUUUUCUUUUGGAAGGAGAAAGGAUUUGAUGAAUUCACUUCUAAA